AGCGUGCGUCAUCGAAUGUGAAGAAGGUCAAUCAAAGCAAACUCAACAUCAAUCAACAUCUCAAUCACCAUCAAAAUAUCAACAUAUAAUCUUCAUCUCCGUUUAUCACGCUUACAAUGAAUGAAAUUGGAAUCGAAAUCAGAAAAGAGGAUCCUACCUUUAGUGCAGUCAUUGAUGAAAAAGCUGCUCUAGCUGCUCAGAUAAACUCUGAAGAAGACAUUUAUAUUAAAUUCAAAAAACUACAACAACAUCUUGAAUUUCUAGAACUUCAAGAAGAGUAUAUUAAAGAUGAACAAAAGAAUUUAAAACGUGAAUUAUUAAGAGCACAAGAAGAAGUCAAACGAAUUCAAUCAGUUCCAUUAGUAAUCGGUCAAUUUUUAGAACCAAUAGAUCAAUUCACUGGAAUCGUUGGUUCUACUACUGGCUCAAACUAUGUAGUUAGGAUUUUAUCUACGAUUGAUCGUGAAUUAUUGAAACCUUCAAGUUCGGUAGCACUUCAUCGACAUUCGAAUUCUUUGGUCGAUGUUCUUCCUCCUGAAGCUGAUAGUAGUAUCAGCAUGCUUACGGCUGAUGAAAAGCCAGAUGUAACAUACAAUGAUAUCGGCGGGAUGGAUAUCCAAAAGCAGGAAAUCCGAGAAGCAGUAGAACUACCACUCACUCAUUUUGACCUCUACAAACAAAUCGGAAUAGAUCCACCACGAGGAGUGUUACUAUACGGACCACCAGGAACCGGUAAAACGAUGUUAGUCAAAGCAGUAGCGAAUUCAACCACAGCUUCUUUUAUCAGAGUAGUAGGAUCGGAAUUUGUUCAAAAAUAUUUAGGUGAAGGUCCUAGAAUGGUUCGAGAUGUCUUUAGACUUGCAAGAGAAAACUCACCGGCUAUUAUUUUUAUUGAUGAGGUUGAUGCGAUUGCGACUAAACGAUUUGAUGCUCAAACUGGUGCUGAUAGAGAAGUUCAAAGAAUCUUACUUGAGUUGUUGAACCAGAUGGAUGGAUUUGAUCAAGGUAGUAACGUCAAAGUUAUCAUGGCUACCAAUCGAGCUGAUACACUUGAUCCAGCACUUUUAAGACCUGGACGAUUAGAUAGAAAAAUUGAAUUUCCAUUACCAUCCAGAAGAGAAAAACGAUUAAUUUUUCAAACUUUAGCAGGAAAGAUGUCACUUGGAAACGAUGUAGAUUUAGAAGAUUAUGUUCAAAGACCAGAUAAACUUUCAUCAGCACAAAUUUCACAAAUUUGUCAAGGUGCUGGAUUACAAGCUGUACGAAAGAAUCGGUAUGUAAUCUUACCUUCAGAUUUUGAAGAAUCAUGGAAAUCAGUUGUAAAGAAAGGAGAAGAUACACAUGCAUUUUAUAGAUAGAAUUAUUUCAUUUUUCCUGAAGAUGGUUUUAAAUUGUGUUAAGGGACAGAGAGGGAUAAUUGUUUGUAUUGAAUCUAUUUUUUUGAGACUGUG